AUGAAACUCUACUUCCACUAUCCGACCAUGAUCCCGGAAAUUCGGAACGUGUUCGAUCCGGAAAAUCCAGAAAGUACAACUAUAUAUCUCCGGGCUAACGUCUGCUCUCCAGAAUUCGGAUUCUCCGUGCAAGAAGAUGAAAUAUUCCUCGUUGGAGGCAACAAAAUUGAAUACAUUAUCCCUCCAACCUCACUCAUAGUCGAAAGCAUACUAAUACAUAUAAAUCCCGACUCCAAGGACUAUCAGGAAGACCCUAACACCGUUGUGAUCGAAGGAUGUGUUAUUGACGACAACGGAGAGAGAGUGAAUCUUGGAAGACCUACAAAGAUAUGUUUCGACGAGUGGUAUGACGAACUCCAUCGCGAUCCACAAUCGGAUGACGAUGAAGAUGACGAGAGCGGUUUUGAGGAGGAGGUCGGCGACGAUGAGGUUGUGUUCGUGGAAGAAGAGGAAGAAUCGGUGACUGACGCUUUGUAA